AUGAAGAAGGUCGCGGAAGCCGUGAAGGUUGACAUUUCAGAGAGGCACUAUUGGACGGAUUCCAAAAUAGUUUUAGCUUGGAUAGGUUCGCCUUCCAGGAGGUGGCAAACAUUUGUGGCGAAUAGGGUGAGCGAGAUUCAGGAUAGUUCGUCUCCAAACGAGUGGCACCACGUAAAGUCACGGGAUAAUCCUGCCGACAUGAUAUCUAGAGGGUCAACUCCCGUGCAGUUGAAUAGCUCUACGUUAUGGUGGGAAGGUCCGAGUUGGUUAAAAACUGAGACUGAUUUUUCAGAAACUGAAAGCCGUGGUGCGGAUCUGGACGGUAUACCCGAAGAGCGCAAGGUGGCGUCGAUGGCGAUAGCUAUAGUUAGUAAUACAGUCGUGGAAUUCGACAAGUUUUCUUCCUACUCUAAGUUGUUGCGUGUCGUGGUUUACGUAUUGAGAUUCAUAAGCGGUUUGAGAAAGCGCGCUAACACGGAUGCGACAGAAUAUAUUUCUUUGGUAGAGUUAAGGGAGGCGCGAAAUGUAAUAAUUAGAUUAGUCCAAGCAGCGGCUUGGAGAGACGAAAUCCGUAAAUUAAGCGAUAACCAGGCGAUCAAUAGAAACUCUAAGUUAAUUGGUUUGAAACCAUACAUAGGCAAGGACAAGCUCGUGAGGGUGGGCGGAAGGUUAGAUCGUUCGUCGUUGGAUGAGGACGCGAAGCACCCACUGAUUAUUCCGCCCGAGCAUUACGUCACCAAACUAAUUGUUAUGGAGAAACAUAAUAAGUGUUUCCAUGCUGGGCCUACGGCUACGUUGGCGGCGGUAAGGUGUGAGUUCUGGCCGAUUUCCGGGCUAAGCGUCGUGAAGAAGCAUUUGAGAAAUUGUGUGGUGUGUCGCAAGGCGGACCCGAUGCCAUAUCAGCAGCUGAUGGGGCAACUUCCGGAGGCGCGAGUGCAAGUGUCAAGAUCAUUUGCAAGGGUAGGAGUGGACUACUGUGGACCCUUAUUCGUGAGAGACCGUGUGAGAAGAAACAGUAAGCAGUACAAAGCUUACGUGGCUGUAUACGUGUGCAUGGCAACGAAGGCGGUCCACAUCGAACUAGUGGACGACAUGACCACUGAGGCGUUCAUAGGAUCCCUGAAGCGAUUUACGGCGAGACGAGGAUUACCGUCGGACAUUUAUUCCGAUAAUGGCAGAAACUUCGUCGGGGCAGAAAGAGAGAUUCAACGAAUUCUCAACGAUCCUCAAUUUAAGAAGAGGAUCCCUGAACACUGUUCCGUCGAGGGUGUGAACUGGCAUUUCAUCCCAGCUAGAGCACCGCACUUCGGCGGCCUCUGGGAGGCGGCAGUCAAGACUAUGAAGCGACAUCUAAAACGAACAAUAGGAGAGGCGUCGCUCACUGUAAACGAGAUGAUCGCGGUCUUAACCCAGAUCGAGGCGAUCAUGAACUCGAGACCUAUCACUCCGCUUUCUGAUGAUCCGCGGGAUUUGGAGGCGUUGACUCCCGCGCAUUUUCUUAUUGGCAGUUCGAUGGCAGCGUUACCUGAACACGAUCUACAGGAGGUACCGACGUCUAAACUGUCCAGAUGGCAGCACAUCGAACAACUCCGUCAAAGGUUUUGGUCGCGGGAAUAUCUGUCCGCGUGCCAGCAGCGGUCCAAGUGGAAAACUUUAAAGCGCGAAACAAUACGCGCGGGACAGCUAGUGAUGCUAAAGGAAGAUGAGGCGAUGCCAUACAAAUGGACGAUGGCGAGGGUGUUGGAGACGCAUCCGGGCGUCGACGGAGUAGUGCGCGCCGUAACGUUGCGUACUGCUAAGGGGCAAUAUAAAAGGCCCAUAGUAAAGUUAGCACCUGUGCCUUGUGACUAA